AUGAGCGCUAGCUGGCGCCACUUGGGAGCCCUGGUCGCUCAAUACGAGAAGUGGCUUGGCGAGCAGAUUAAAGCGUCCGAGGAUAGAAACGCUGAGGAGAUUAAGACAGUUGAGGCCAAGUACAUUGAGGAGCUUAAGGUGACUGAGGCCAAAUACACCGAGCAGCUCGAAGCAGCCGAGAAGAAAAACGUUGAAUUGAUUGAACAGAAGGUCAAGCUGGCCGAAGAGCUGAAGCAACACCAGGCUACCUUGACAAAAGCCAUUGAAGCUAAAGAGAAGUACAAGGAGGCUUCUUUGCUUAAUUUCAGGGAAGCUUCCAAGCUUCAAGAUGAUCUGUUCAUCAGCAGAAAGGAGACUGAGGGGUUGGAGGAAUGCGUCAAAGAGCUCGAGGAGACCAAUGUCAGUAUCCUGGGGAGGUACAAGGGAGCCACCUUUAAAUGCUUCUAUAUAUUCUGGAAGCACAACUACGGGGCAGACUUCAACUAUCUAUCAGGGUGUAUGAGGCAAUCUAAGAUAAAUAGGUGUCCGACUCACCUUGAAAAGGAGGAGCGAGCGAAAGUUCCAGCAUCCCCCAAAAUCUCUUUGGCCGUCAACCAGCAAAUUCCUCAAGAUCCUGUUGGUUCAUAA